AUAUAAUAUUGGAUUCAGGUGUUCCAAUUACCUCCAUGGCCACAGGUGUUUAAAAUUAAGCACCUAGGCAUGCAGACUGCUUCUACAAACAUUUGUGAAAGAAUGGAUUGCUCUCAGGAGCUCAGUGAAUUCAAGCGUGGUACCAUGAUAGGUUGCCAUCUGUGCAGUAAGUCCAUCUGUGACAUUUCCUUUCUACGAAAUAUUCCAUGGUCAACUGUUAGUAGUAUUAUAACAAAGUGGAAAGCGACUGGGAACAACAAAGUGGUAGGCCACGUAAAAUGACAGAGCGGGGUCAACAGUGGGGUGAAACGCACAGAGCACAGAAGUCCACAACUAAGCAUCAUCUGCAAACUCAAUAGCUAAAGAUUUUCAAACUUCAUGUGGCCUUCAGAUUAGCUCAACAACACUGCGUAGGGAGCUUCAUGGAAUGGGUUUCCAUUGCCGUGUAGCUGCAUCCAAG